GCCUUUCCCUGCACGCGGCGUGGGAGCGUAUUUAUUCGCGAACGAGGUCGAGAUGCGGGCACUCGCGGCCGCAGCAGCAACUGCAGUAGUGGCGGCGCCUACCCCCGCGCGACUCCUCGUCUCCGCCCGCCGCGCUGCUCCGCGAUUCGGUCAUUGUAGAGCAUCUCCCUUCGCAAGGUCACUAAGGAGCGCCUGCUACGCUUCCACCACCAUGGGAGACGAGACCUCCACUUCUGCCUCAGGCUCGGCCCAGGAACCUGCGGCGCCGGCCAUGCAGGGAGCUGGGAGUGUCAAGCAGCAGAUCUCCAAUUUGGCGGCCCUGUCACUCCGUGCGACAGUGCCUGAAGUGGAUGUAGAACCGAUAGUUGAAGUUUGCACGGGAAAGUUUGGUGACUACCAGUGCAACAAUGCAAUGGGAUUGUGGUCAAAAGUAAAGGGAUCCGGGACAAGCUUCAAAAACCCCAAUGCAAUCGGACAGGCGAUUGCUAAGAACCUGCCUGCCUGUGACGUUAUUGAAUCAGCCUCUGUUGCUGGUCCUGGUUUUGUGAAUAUUGUCUUAUCCAAGAGCUGGGUUGCUAAGAGAAUACAAGAUAUGCUUGUGAAUGGUAUCAAAACUUGGGCACCAAUUCUGCCAGUUAAGAGGGUAGUGCUUGAUUUCUCAUCUCCUAAUAUUGCAAAGGAAAUGCAUGUUGGGCAUCUAAGAUCAACAAUCAUCGGAGACACCUUAGCACGUAUGUUUGAAUUCUCAAAUGUUGAAGUUCUCCGACGCAAUCAUGUGGGAGACUGGGGUACACAGUUUGGAAUGCUCAUAGAAUUUCUAUUUGAAAAGUUUCCGAAUUGGGAGGAACUUGGCAGCCAGGCUAUUGGUGACCUUCAGGUUUUCUAUAAAGCAUCCAAACAAAGAUUUGAUGAAGAUGCAGAAUUUAAAGAUAGGGCUCAACAAGCUGUUGUUCGGUUACAGGGAGGGGAGGAGAAGUAUCGUGCUGCUUGGAAAAAGAUAUGUGAAAUCAGCAGGAACGAAUUUGACCAGGUUUACAAGCUCUUAGAUGUACAACUUGAAGAAAAGGGGGAGAGCUUUUAUAAUCCCUAUAUUCCGCAAGUCUUGGAGAAAUUGAGUAGCCAAGGUUUGAUCGAGGAAAGUGAGGGUGCUCGUGUAUUAUUCAUUCAAGGUCAUCAAAUUCCUUUGAUAGUGGUUAAAAGAGAUGGUGGCUUCAACUAUGCCUCGACAGACUUGGCUGCUCUUUGGUACCGGCUUAAUGUUGAGAAGGCGGAAUGGAUAAUAUAUGUAACAGAUGUUGGUCAGCAGCAGCACUUUGAUAUGUUUUUCAAGGCUGCCAGGAUGGCUGGUUGGCUUCCAGAUCCAAAGGAAAAGAAGUUCCCAAAAACGAGUCAUGUUGGGUUUGGCCUUGUUCUUGGAGCAGAUGGCAAGCGCUUCCGAACUCGUAGUACUGAGGUUGUUCGGUUGGGAGACCUACUUGAUGAGGCUAAAUCUCGAAGUAAAUCAGAACUUCUCCAGCGUCUCACUGAAAAUGGUAAAAUUGUUGACUGGACUGAUGAGGAACUAGAGCAAACUUCAAAGGCAGUAGGAUAUGGCGCUGUCAAGUAUGCGGAUCUGAAGAAUAACCGACUGACUAAUUACACGUUCAGCUUUGAUCAGAUGCUAAGUGACAAGGGAAAUACCGCUGUCUAUCUUCAGUAUGCUCAUGCUCGUAUCUGCUCCAUCAUUCGAAAAUCCAACAUGGAUGUAGAAGAGCUAAAAGUGAGUGGGAACAUUUCUCUUGCUCAUCCAGAUGAGCGUGUCUUGGGACUGUAUCUUAUCCGUUAUGCAGAGAUUGUUGAAGAGGCAUGCACCAAUCUCCUUCCCAGUGUUCUGUGUGAAUACCUAUACAACUUAUCCGAAAUGUUCACAAGGUUCUACACAAACUGCCAGGUUGUUGGGUCACCGGAGGAGCCAAGCCGGCUGCUGCUUUGCGAAGCGACGGCGGUCGUCAUGCGACAAUGCUUCCAGCUGCUUGGGAUCACACCGGUUUACAUGCUGUGAUUGGCCAGUGUCUGAUCCUUCACAUCAUACAUUUGUUUCCACACAAGCCCGUCUCCAUGGUUACAGUUUUCGUCCUUGUAACCUAUUACCUCUGUUCUGAAAUAUAAUUCGCUGGGGGAGUUCAGUUUACACUCCCCCAAAGACAUAUAUUUAGGUACGGAGGGAGUAGUAGUUGGCACCACUAACAUACUCUGAGUCAGAUUGCCCCAUUUGAGAACUGAAGCAUCUGGUAUUCUGGUUGAAACUACUAUGUAGCAAAGGAUAGUCGAAACAUGUUUGUUUUUUGCCCUGUC